GUGAGGGUUGGCUACGAGAGUUCGAGCUAUACCAUAGCAGAACUGAGUGGUAGAGAAGAGAUUUGUGUCACUAGCCGGUCUCUGGGAAUCGAUGAAAUAUUCACCAUCAAUAUUGCCACCCACACCUCACCCAAUUCAGUGGAUCUCUUCCAGCAGACUACAAAUAGUCUUACUUUUGAUGGUACAUCUCAUACACAGUGCUACGAGGUC